AAAAGUUAUCAGCUCAUACGCCCUCGAAUACAUAACCUUCAAUUCCCAACUGCUUCCUUCUUACGCCCUGAACCAUCUGAUUUCCAACGCUUAUACGCUGGCUUCACAUCAUCACACUGUCGCUCUUGGCACCUCACUCUCUAUUCGGCUUAUAAUGAACACAAUACCUUGAGUCUAUCCCCUUUUCGGUCGUCCAUGGCACCCGAAACCACUACACACGCGCGGCUCACUAUUCAACACACCAACAGGCUCACGAGCCUGAGAAGAGCUUUGGGUUUCAAGAUCGCGACUUGCUUUGAUUGUAACGAUUUGCCAAUCGGUGUUGUCAGUUACAACGAUAUAAAGUGCGCCUUUGACUCAGACUAGGGUCGGAUCACUUCAAAGCUAUCGCAAUAAUACCAUAUACCAAAGGCAUUGUCAAUUGACAACAUGCAGCGCGACGACAAUCUGCCUCUGAACGAGAUAUACAGCUCACCAGAGGCUCUUCACGAAGAGAUUGAGAAGAUUCUCGACUUAGCACUCUACAAGGUCCCAGAGAACACGCCACUCAGACUUCGUUUCAUUACGCCUGUGUCCUUCGAUAAAUGGCUUGCAGACGACAGCUACAACGAGUACCGGCUCACAAUGCCCGAGGAACAUACCAAUGGCAUGGCGUAUAUUACGGUAUCCUACUGCUGGAAGCAUACACAGUCUAUGAAUGGUCUGUCACCGCUACCGCAUUAUCAUAUAUUAGACGGGUCGAAGGCAGGCGAAUCUACGCCUAUCGGCUGUCCGAACUUGGUUUUCCAUCGUGCAAUGCUCUUUGCUAGAUCUCGCAAAUGUGCGUUCGUUUGGAUUGAUCAAGAAUGCAUCGAUGAGAAAGAUCAUACAGAUAUUCAGGCACAUCUGAAGAUCAUGCAUCGUGUAUACAAAGAGAGCGAGUGGACGGUGGCGCCACUGUCUCGUCCGAUAACGGAUCAUCGUUCUUUAGAACAGCUGAUUACAUACCUUUAUCACGACUAUGAACUCGAGGAUGUUACGAAAGAAGAGACUUCUGAAGACUCUCUAGUAAGUGACGGCUAUGUCAGUACGUUCGAAGAGCGAGUCCAGGAGGCCACCGAACUGCUUAUGUCCAUUACACAAGAUGCUUGGUUCCGCCGAACAUGGACAUUCCAGGAAAAACGAUGCGCCUGGGCGUUAUUUCUACUCAUUCCUAUCGAGGUGUCUUUCAAGAUAUCAGACAAAGUGUGCCUCCAUAUGAUAGGUACAGAUCUCUGUUUCGACACCGCGUACUUCAACGGCUUGUCUCGCAAACACGAGAGGGACAUGGCCCAGCUUGCCCGUGUCAAUAGCGAGGUGAAAUGGACCAUGCUGGAGAGCACUCGAUUCUACGACUAUUUUGCUACUUCCUGGGACUACGCCUCAUCCGGUAACUGGGGCUGUUAUUCAAUAUUCAGGUUUAUCCAGGAUUGCGAUAACCAAGUGGUGGCGGAUCGCGUAGCAAUCUUCGGACACGUAUGUCGAUUUCGGAAUCGACUCGCCUCAGACAUGCUGGAUGGCGCUGGAAAUGGCCUCAGCGCAUGUGUUAUCGCUUUGCUGUUGGGAAACAUCGACGUCACACGCGAUGGACGCCUGGAACUAGUGGGAAAGAUAUGGGGAAAACUCGAAGAGCGCAGCAAGUUCCAAACGGCCGCGCCGAAUAUCGCAGCCUGGAUGAUGGUUUUGCUCAGUGAAUGAUUUCGUUCGGCGCAGGUAUCGUACUCGGCAACUUUGACGGCUGUGUAUCGCUGGAGGUAGGACUAUUUGGCUGUACCUAUCAGUCCAUAGCACUUUUCACACAGUCGAGAACGCUAUGCAUUGCAACACGUAGUAUGCCAGUUUCAAGCACGAGCGAUCUGCUCAAAAGAGGUAUUAGAGUGGUCUUUCCUCUAAACAGUAUGGUAAGACAUGAAUUAAGGCCAG